GAAAAAACUAUAGAAGAAAAAGUUUUGAGACCAUCGUCAAGUUUAGCGGGUCUUCUCGCGCUCUCUGCAGAAAUUAUCGGCCCUCUAUGUCUUCCUUCACCUUCAUACGAAUUCUUAUGCUAUGCAUCUGAUCUUUGGCUUCAUUUCAAUUUCUAAUAUAAUUGUUCGUGUUUAUUUUGUUUUCACGUUUGCCCUUGUCUCGAAGUAGCGUUUCCCUCUGUUUCUCCCUAGCUGUCGAAGAUGCGUAUAGUUGAUACAAGUUCCUUAGGCGAGGAAGAAAAACUGGAAGAAUCAAAUGAAGGAGUUCAGAGAAGUAGAGUGAUGCGUAUAGUUGAUACAAAUUCCUCAAGCGAGGAAGAAAAACUGGAAGAAUCAAAUGAAGGGGUUCAGCGAAGUAGAGUGUUCGCAGAGCUGAAACCUUAUUGCUUAGAGCUCCUAGAGCUUCUCCAAAAGCCAAAGAAGCAUCCUUCCGCAAUUCCUUCAAUGCUUGAGUUACUUCGAAAAACUUCCCCGACUUCUAUGCAACCUUUUUUUGAUUAUGCCCUCUUCCCGCUAUUGCUGCUAUUAGAUGCAGCUGUUGUGGAUAGAUCCCAGCAGAAGGUUGAUUCCGGAGAAAACAUUGUAACGUCUAUCAGUCAUGAUCUGCCGCAUAGAGUGAGUGACAGUGUGGCAGAAGGCGUGCUUCAGUGUCUUGAAGAACUGCUGAAGAAGUGUCAUUUAGGAUCUGUGGAGCAGAUGGUUGUAGUGCUGAAAAAGUUAACAUCUGGAGCUUUGCUAUCUCCGUUUGAGGCAUCGGAAGAGUUCCGUGAAGGAGUUAUCAAGUGUUUUAGGGCAAUCUUUGUAAAUUUAUGUCCCUGCUCAGAUCAUGCAUGCUCUUGUAAACAAAUAUCUGGUUUCCCAGCACUUGCAGAAAACAGAGAUUUUGAAGGUCAUCUUGAUGUGCUUUCAGAAGAGUCAAAGCCAAAUGAAUGCUUGCUUGAAUUUCUCCGGAGUGAAACUGCAUCAGCUGCUGUCGGACACUGGCUGUCACUUCUUCUCAAAGCUGCAGAUAUUGAGGCUGCACGAGGACAUCAUGGAAGUUCUAAACUUCGUAUUGAAGCCUUUAUGACCCUUCGCAUACUUGUUGCAAAGGUUGGAACAGCUGAUGCAUUAGCCUACUUCUUGCCUGGUGUUGUUAGUCAAUUUUCUAAAGUUUUGCGGACCUCUAAAACAAUGUUAAGUGGGGCUGCUGGGAACACAGAAGCUAUGAACCAAGCAAUUAGAGGCUUGGCUGAAUAUCUUAUGAUAGUCCUCCAGGAUGAUGCUAAUAAAUCAAGCCUUGAUAUGCUUGUGGACGUUCAAUCUGACAUUAUGUUGGAGAAGGGUAAAAAGGCACAAUAUAUUCUAGAGGAACUUCGUCAAUUGCCAGAUAAAGUCCACAGUCGGAGUAAAAAGGUAGAAGAAGCUUCAUCUGCUGAGGUGGUGAAGAAAAUUACUUAUAAAUCUGGACCUAAAGAGAAGGUGAGUGCUGACUAUCUUAAGGGGAACAAGUAUUUUCAUGUGGAUCGUACAAAGGAAUGGGUUGCUGAGACUUCAACACAUGUGGACAAACUACUAAGUGGAACUUUUCCAUAUAUUUGUGUGCAUCUGGUAAAAAAAGUUAGACUGGGCAUCCUGGCUGCAGUAAAAGGCCUACUAUCAAGGUGCACUUGUACGCUAAAAGGGAGCAGAUUGAUGCUUUUGGAGUGCUUGUGUGCUUUGGCUGUUGACGACUCUGACGAUGUUGCAGUCACUGCACAAGAGUUCCUUGAAUAUUUAUUCUGGAUUACUCGGAACCAACAAUUGCAGCAUGACAUUGCCAAAAUUUUUGUGAGGCUGGUUGAAAAGCUUCCGAAUGUGGUUCUUGGAAGUGAAGAGAAGUUUGCUCUAUCACAUGCUCAACAGUUACUCGUGGUGGCAUAUUAUUCUGGUCAUCAGCUCAUUAUAGAUCAUCUUAUCCACUCUCCAGUAACUGCCGUUCGCUUUCUAGAUGUAUUCUCUGUUUGUCUAAAUCAGAAUUCAGUUUAUGCCAGUUCUCUUGGAAAAUUCCUUUCAUCAGGGCCAUCUUCUUUAGGAUAUUUGCACUCUCUUACUGAGUUAAAAGUUGGAACUAAUUUCAUCAGUAAUUGCCUCUCCAUCAUGAAUACUGCCUUGCCUGCAGUUCCAGAGCCCACAAAGGUUCAAGAGAAAGAUAUACUGCGAAAGAAUCAUGUGCUUCCUCGCAUGCCCCCAUGGUUUAAUGGCAUUGGCAAUCAGAACCUAUAUGAAGCUCUUGGAGGAGUUCUCCGACUUGUUGGUUUGUCUUUGGUGUCAGAUAACAAAGGUGAAGGUAGUUUGUCGGUUACCAUUGAUAUCCCACUGGGAAACUUACAAAAAUUGGUUUCUGAGAUUCGUAAGAAAGAAUAUAGUGAAGAAAGCUGGGAAUAUUGGUAUAGGAGGACUGGUUCAGGACUGUUGGUGCGCCAGGCAAGCACUGCUGUAUGUAUUCUGAAUGAGAUGAUAUUUGGCGUUUCAGAAUAUUCAACAGGUUACUUCUCAAGUAAGUUUCAGAGAACAAGAAUGCAUAGGAAGGCUACCAAUGACUAUGAAUGUGCCACAACCAACGAUUGUGGUUGGAAGAUUUCCCUGGAAAAAGUUAGACCUCAGUUAAUUGAUUGUAUUGGUAGGAUUCUGCAUGAAUACCUAUCUCCUGAGAUAUGGGAGCUUCCAAUACAACAUAAAUCUUCCCCGAUGCAUCCUGUAGGUGAAGAAGACAUUAGUUUACACUUCUUCAGAGACACUGCUAUGCUCCAUCAGGUUAUAAUUGAAGGAAUAGGUAUUUUCAGUAUGUGCCUCGGAAAAGAUUUUGCUUCUUCAGGAUUUCUUCAUUCGUCUCUUUAUUUGUUGCUUGAGAAUCUUAUUUCCUCAAACGUGGAAGUUAGAAUCACCUCUGAUGCUGUCUUACAUGUCCUUUCUUCUACAUCUGCCUACCCAACAGUUCGAGACUUGGUUUUGGAAAAUGCAGAUUAUGUGAUUGAUUCAAUAUGUCGGCAGUUACGUCAUUUGGAUCUCAACCCUCACGUGCCAAAUGUUCUUGCUGCCAUCCUUUCCUAUAUUGGAAUAGCUCAUGAGAUUUUGCCUCUGUUGGAGGAACCUAUGCAUUCAGUAUCGCUGGAACUUGAGAUUCUUGGAAGACAUCAGCACCCCAGUUUAACUGGUCCCUUCUUAAAGGCAGUAGCAGAGAUUGCCAGAGUAUCAAAGCAUGAAUCUAAUUGCCUGCCUAGUAAAACAGCAUCAUAUCUUGUUCAUGUCAAGUCUAUAAUCACUAAGGAGGGAAACCGGGCAGAAUCUGAGUCUGGAGGAGUAUCUACAUCGUGUUACGAUGAUGAUAAAAAUAUAUCUUCGAUGGAAUCAGAGUGGGAAAAUAUUUUGUUCAAGUUCAACGAUUCCAGAAGAUAUAGACGAACUGUUGGAUCCAUUGCUGGUUCGUGCAUUGUGACUGCUGUACCUCUCUUGGCUUCACAGAAUCAGGCAACGUGCUUGGUGGCCUUAGAUAUUAUUGAGUAUGGGAUAGUGGCAUUAGCGAAAGUUGAAGAAGCCUAUAAGCACGAGAAGGAUACCAAGGAGGCAAUUGAGGAGAUGUUGCACUCACAUUCGUUUUAUCGGCUUCUAGACACUUUGGAAGUUUCUGAUGAGGGGUAUGAUGAAAAUAGGUUGCUUCCCGCGAUGAAUAAAAUAUGGCCCUUUUUGGUUGCUUGCAUUCAGAACAAAAAUCCAGUGGCUGCACAGAGAUGUUUGAAUGUGAUCAGCAAUUCAGUGCAAAUCUGUGGAGGAGAUUUCUUUACACGCCGAUUCCGUACAGAUGGGUCUCAUUUUUGGAAGCUUCUGAGGACGUCUCCAUUUCAAAGGAAACAAAAUUUGAGAGAAGAAAAGGCCGUGCUACAACUUCCUUAUAGAAACGCAUCUGUAUCUACAGAAGACUCGGUUGCUGAAGUUUCCAGUCUGAAAGUCCAGGUUGCAUUGCUGAAUAUGAUUGCUGAUCUAUCUCGAAACAGAAGAAGUGCAUCAGCGUUGGAAGUAGUCCUCAAGAAGGUCAGUGGCCUAGUCGCAGGUGUAGCCUUUAGUGCUGUUGUUGGGCUACGGGAAGCAUCUUUGAAUGCACUUGAAGGACUUGCAUCUAUAGAUCCCGAUCUUAUUUGGCUUCUCGUCGCUGAUGUGUUCUACUCCAUGAAGAACAAGGAUGUGCCUUCGCCACCCACAUCAGAUUUUCCCGAGGUAUCGAAACUUCUACCACCGCCUUCAUCUCCAAAAGGGUAUCUUUAUGUGCUUUAUGGGGGUCAAACUUUUGGUUUUGACAUCCAAGUUUCGUCUGUGGAAUUUGUAUUUAAGAAACUGCAAUCUCACAUUUCUACGUGUUAAUACGGUUCCAAGUAUUUAUAACUGAUGGUUGUAUAUAAACUUUUUUGCCCUUUUCAUGAUUGACACAGACCUGGGGUUUUACCUCAAUUACUUUU